AUGAGCCCCCUGAGUGCUGUUCAACGCAUGAAGCUUAUGGAAGGUUCAGAUUCAGAUAAACAAAGCUGGGAAUUGAAGGGGUCACUAAGCGCAGCUUACGCAAUCAAAGGCCGCCGAAUGCACAUGGAGGAUAAGUUCAUUAUUAACGAAAACAUUAAUAACACGGGCAUUUCACUCUUUGCUAUAUUCGACGGUCAUGGCGGCGAAUUUGCUGCUAAUUAUGCAAAGGAUCACCUUAUUCAAAAUCUCUAUAACAAAGUAGUUGAACUGAAUGCAUUUAAAGAUGGAAAGAUAAUCAAUCCAUCUCCACAGGAUAGCUCAGAAACACAAAAGAAAGAUCAAGAUAGCAAUACCAGUGUUGAAAGAAAAACUAGUUUUAAAAAGUCAAUCAGUGCUGCGGAUGAUACAUCUAAAAAAGAAAUAACAGAUCCUGAACUAUUGGCCCAAUUAUCAAAAGCGAGGCCUAUAACUAGAGAAGUGAGAACAACCACUAAGCCCGUUAAGAAUUUGAAUAUACCUUUAUCAAGUUAUUUAGACAAUGGAAAAAUAAACUUUGGUAAACUUUUAACGGAUGAAGUUCUUGCUGCUGACAGGCUUCUGGUAGAAGCAGCCAAAAGGACAUUAAAUGUUGCUGGCACUACUGCAUUGAUAGCUGUUUUAGAAGGGAAACACCUCAUUGUUGCGAAUGUAGGUGAUUCCAGAGGAGUAAUGUGUGACUCUCGUGGAAAUGCUAUUCCUGUCUCAUUCGAUCAUAAACCUCAACAAGUAAGGGAACAGAAACGAAUUGAGGCAGCAGGAGGAUAUAUUGCUUUCAAUGGUGUUUGGAGAGUAGCCGGUAUCCUGGCCACAUCUCGUGCUAUGGGCGACUAUCCUCUUAAGGAUAAAAAUUUUGUUAUAGCAGAUCCAGAUAUCCUCACUUUUAAUCUAGAUGAUCAUAAACCGAUGUUUUUAGUUCUUGCAUCUGAUGGGUUAUGGGACACAUUCUCUAAUGAAGAAGCAGUAAAGUUUAUAAAGGAAAGGAUAGAUGAGCCAGACUUUGGUGCCAAAAGUUUGACACUUCAAGCAUAUUACAGGGGUUCUGUAGACAACAUCACAGUCCUAAUCAUAAAUUUUUUACAGAAUAAGUUAUCCUCUGCACAUGUUUCAGAU